AUGUCGGGACGUGCAGGGAAACCAGAUCUUUCUGGUUACAACUAUGGUGCUAUUUCUUCUCUUGUAUUGACUGCAGAUAGGUCUGUACUUCCCCGUCGAGACAAGGAACCGGAUGGCGCACCAACUUCUCUCGCAGGGCGCAUCGACCCACGGGAAAUGGGUUCUCGUGUUCUGAGGCAGGCGCCCAAAGAUGUCGACAAGAAGAAGAAAAAGGCUGCAGAUAGACAGGAGACGGGUGAAAAGCAGGCGUCAAAGCGAAAAGCCGAGACCGGGUUUGGUUAUAUGGAUAUCAUCGAAGCAACCGCGGACGUCGAGGGCCUUACAUACCGGCCUCGUACUGCGGAGACACGGGAGGUUUACCAGCUCAUGCUUGUAGCUGUCCACCAGUCUCUCGGGGACCAGGCUCAAGACAUUAUCCGAAGUGCCACUGAUAUUGUACUGGAAACACUAAAAAACGAGAAUAUGAAGGAUUUCGACAAGAAGAAGGAAAUUGAAGGAGUUCUCGGUCCUAUGUCGAACGACACGUUCUCUCAGUUAGUUGCUCUUGGAAGGAAGAUAACGGAUUACGGCGCAGAAGAUGAAACCAUGGUCGACCCAGACAUGGAACGAAAAGAUGCUGAAAUUGAUGACGAGGUUGGCGUGGCAGUUGUUUUCGACGAAGAAGAACAGGAGGAUGAAGACGAGGAAGGCUAUGAGAUUCGGGAGGAGUCGGACGACGAGAAUGAGGAGGAACAGGAGGAAGAAGAGGGUCCUCCUGAGGACGCAGGAGGCGAUGAAGAGCUGGUAAUUGGUGACGAUUCAUCAGCAGAUCGAAAAGGCAAAGGGAAAGCCGACAAGGACAUUGUGUCUCCACAUUCCAUUGACGGUUUCUGGGUGCAACGGCAAAUAUCAGAAGUUUAUCCCGAUCCCGUCACCGCUGCCGACAAAGCUUCUUCCGUUCUUUCCGUCCUCGGUUCUGAAUCGAGUUUGCGUGAUUGUGAAAAUCAGCUUAUGGAACUCUUUGAGUAUCAGAGCUUUCACGUCAUUACCAAAUUCCUCAAGAAUCGCGAUGUCGUAGUCUGGUGUACAAAACUCAUGCGUAGUGAUGCAGAUGAGAGAGUGAACGUCGAGGUUGCUAUGCGCGAGAAGGGUGUAGGUUGGAUUCUACGCGAGCUUGCGGGUGAUAGGCAAGCUAAGGCUCCAGCGGAUGGAAUGGAUGUUAACGAGAAAGUCAAGCAGUCUAAUGUCCCCAAAACCGCAACUCUUGCUCCUGGCUCAACAGUACAACCUAAACGUACUGUCGAUCUGGAGAGCAUGGCUUUCAGUCAAGGUGGCCACCUCAUGUCGAACAAGAAGUGUAAGCUUCCCGAUGGAUCGUUCAAGCGUGCCCGCAAAGGCUACGAGGAGAUCCACGUGCCUGCUCCCAAAUCAAAGCAAGGUGGCGAGGAGGAGUUUGUUUCUGUUUCUGAUCUUCCUGCAUGGGCCAGAGAAGCAUUUACAGUUCCUAGGUUGAACCGGAUACAGAGCAAGCUAUAUCCCGUCGCGUUUGGGACUGAUGAGCCUAUCCUUCUUUGUGCACCAACUGGUGCGGGUAAGACCAAUGUUGCCAUGUUGACGAUAUUGAAUGAAAUGUCCAAAUAUCGCGACGAAGAAACCGGUGAACUCGCUCUUGACCAAUUCAAGAUCGUCUAUAUCGCUCCUAUGAAAGCUUUGGUCCAGGAGAUGGUUGGUAACUUCAACGCGCGUCUGAAUAAAUUUGGAAUCAAAGUUGGCGAACUCACGGGCGACUCUCAAAUGACGAAACAGCAAAUAUCUGAAACUCAAAUCAUCGUUACAACCCCAGAGAAAUGGGAUGUCAUCACGCGCAAGAGUACGGACACUAGUUACACUAACAUCGUUCGUCUGAUUAUCAUCGAUGAAAUCCAUCUUUUACAUGACGAAAGAGGGCCAGUUUUGGAGAGUAUCGUCGCGCGAACAAUACGCCGUAUGGAGCAAACUUCGGAAUAUGUUCGUCUUGUCGGUCUGUCGGCAACGCUUCCAAAUUACCAGGAUGUAGCCACGUUCUUGCGUGUCGACGAAUCGAAAGGCCUGUUUUACUUCGAUGCAUCAUAUCGUCCUUGCGGUCUCCAGCAGCAAUUCAUUGGUGUAACGGAGAAAAAGGCUAUUAAACGUUACCAGGUCAUGAACGAAGUCUGUUACGACAAAGUCUUGGACCAGGCGGGCAAGAAUCAAACUCUCGUCUUCGUCCACUCCAGAAAGGAGACGGCUAAGACAGCCAAAUUUAUACGUGACAUGGCUAUUGAGAAGGAAACCAUUACGCAAUUUGUUCGACCUGACUCUGCCACGCGAGAAAUUUUGAAUGAAGAGGCCAACAACGUCAAAGACGGCAAUCUCAAAGACUUAUUGCCAUUCGGGUUCGCUAUUCACCACGCAGGCAUGACGCGUGAGGACCGAGGACUUGUGGAAGAGCUGUUCGCCGACGGUGCAGUGCAAGUUUUGGUUUGCACAGCAACACUGGCUUGGGGAGUUAACCUUCCUGCACAUACUGUCAUCAUCAAGGGUACUCAAAUUUACAACCCUGAAAAAGGACGAUGGGUGGAGUUGUCAUCACAAGAUGUGCUACAGAUGCUGGGACGUGCUGGGCGGCCCCAAUACGACACUUAUGGAGAGGGCAUCAUCAUCACGAAUCACUCUGAACUACAGUACUACCUCAGCCUAAUGAAUCAACAACUUCCCAUCGAGUCGCAGUUUGUGUCGAAAUUGGUUGACAACCUGAACGCCGAGAUUGUUCUUGGGACCGUCAGAAACAGAGACGAGGCUGUGCAGUGGCUUGGUUAUAGUUAUCUAUAUGUUCGCAUGCUGAAGUCACCAGCCCUGUAUGAAGUGGGUAUCGAUUAUCAGGAAGACGACUCUGGCCUCAUCCAGAAGCGAGCGGAUAUUGUACAUUCUGCUGCAGUUGCAUUAGAGAAGUGUCAUCUUAUUAAAUACGAGCGUGCGUCCGGCCGUUUCCAAAGCACCGAGUUGGGACGAAUUGCUUCACAUUAUUAUGUGACAUACAAUUCAAUGGCUACGUAUAAUCAGCACCUCAGACCAACGAUGUCAUUAUUGGAGCUUUUCAGAGUCUUUGCGUUAUCAAACGAGUUCAAGCUUCUUCCAGAGAAACUCGAACUUGGGAAACUUUUAGAACGUGUUCCCAUUCCCGUUAAGGAAAGCGUGGAGGAACCGGCCGCUAAAAUCAAUGUUCUCCUUCAAGCAUAUAUCUCACAGCUCAAGCUUGAGGGGUUCGCAUUAGUCGCUGAUAUGGUUUAUGUACAGCAAUCUGCCGGACGUAUUCUUCGGGCUAUGUUUGAAAUAUGCCUCAAGCGUGGCUGGGCCGUUCCCGCUGGAGCAUGUCUAGACCUUUGCAAGAUGGUUGAAAAGCGAAUGUGGCGUUCGAUGACACCCCUCCGUCAGUUCAAGGGUGUACCGCAAGAAGUUAUAAGAAAAGCGGAAGGAAAGCAAUUCCCAUGGGAACGAUAUUUCGACCUGAAUCCACCGGAGCUUGGAGAACUAAUUGGUAUACCCAAUGCUGGUAGACUGGUCCAUCGUUUAGUCCAUAGCUUCCCCAAGUUACAACUGCAAGCUCAGGUACAACCCAUCACAAGAUCUCUUUUGCGAAUUGAUCUAUCUAUAGUCCCCGAUUUCCGUUGGGAUGAGAAGAUACAUGGCACAGCAGAGACCUUCAUAAUUAUUGUGGAGGAUGUUGACGGAGAAAUCGUCCUGUUCCAUGAUUCAUUCGUGCUUUUACAAAGAUAUGCGGAGCAUGAACACAACGUUACGAUCACUGUUCCUAUGUUUGAGCCUGUCCCACCCAACUACUACAUUUCCGUCAUUUCUGAUCGCUGGUUACAUGCUGAAACACGCCUACCGAUAUCAUUCAAGCACCUUAUUCUCCCUGAAAAAUUCCCUCCUCCCACGCCCCUUCUUGAUCUACAGUCUCUUCCUCUGUCUGCUCUUCAUAACAAGGACUUCGAGGCCAUCUAUUCAUCGACCAUCCAAACGUUCAACAAAAUUCAGACCCAAGUAUUCCAAGCCCUCUACACUUCCGAUGAGAACGUCUUCAUUGGCGCUCCCACUGGUAGCGGGAAAACUAUUUGUGCAGAGUUCGCUUUGCUGCGACUCUGGAGUAAGCGCGAGCAGCUUCGAGCCGUCUGUAUCGAGCCAUAUCAAGAAAUGGUAGAUCAGCGUGUGGUGGAAUGGCGUCGCAAGUUCAGCAAGUUACAAGGCGGCAAAGAAAUCGUCAGUUUGACUGGAGAGACAAGCGCCGAUCUUCGUUUGUUGGAAAAAGGUGAUGUUAUAAUUUGCACCCCUUCCCAGUGGGAUGUUCUUUCCAGGCGAUGGCGGCAACGCAAGAACGUUCAGAACAUUGGAUUGCUGAUCGCCGACGAAGUUCAGCUUGUCGGAGGCGAAGUUGGUCCUACUUAUGAAGUUGUCAUCUCUCGCACACGGUAUGUGUCGGCACAAACAGAGAUCAAGACUCGCAUAGUCGCAUGUAGUGUAUCCCUUGCCAAUGCACGAGACCUUGGUGAAUGGAUGGGAGCACCCUCGCAUGCUAUCUUCAAUUUCUCCCCUAGUUCUCGGCCACUUGAUAUGGACAUACAUCUUCAAAGCUUUACAAUUCCACACUUCCCUUCUUUGAUGAUUGCAAUGUCUAAGCCUGCUUAUCUUGCAAUUGUCGAAUAUGCACCCACCAAACCUGUCAUAGUCUUUGUACCUUCAAGAAGACAAUGUCGUCUUACUGUUGAUGACAUUUUGACGCACUGUGCUGCUGAUGAGAAAGGCGACCGUUUCUUAAACAUCGAAGAGGACGCCUUACAGCCACAUCUUGAUCAUAUCAGCGAUUCUGGACUGGCUGAAACUUUGAAACAUGGUGUUGGGUACUAUCACGAGGCGUUAGACAAACAGGACAAGCGUAUUGUCGAACGUUUAUUCCAAUCGGGUGCUAUACAAGUUCUAGUAGCGUCGAAGGACACUGCUUGGAGUCUCCCUGUCGCCAGUUACAUGGUCAUCAUAAUGGGCGUGCAGUACUAUGAAGGCAAAGAGCACCGUUACGCCGAUUACCCUGUGAUGGAUGUGUUACAGAUGAUGGGUCGUGCUUGCCGACCAAUGGAGGAUGACCGCAGCCGAUGCGUGUUAAUGUGUCAACAAACGCGAAAAGAUUUUUACAAGAAAUUCCUUGCGGAAGGUCUUCCCAUUGAAUCUCAUCUUCCUACCCAUUUGCUCCAUGACUACUUCUUAGCUGAAAUAGCGGUCAAAACAAUCGAGAACAAGCAAGAUGCAAUGGAUAUUUUGACUUGGACAUACUUCUACAGGCGCAUGACUCAGAACCCAAAUUACUACAACCUUCACAACGUUAGCCACCAACAUUUGUCAGAUCAUUUGUCCGAGCUUGUUGAAACCACGCUGCAAGACCUCGUUAAUUCCAAGUGUAUAUCCGUCGAGGAUGAAAUGGAGGUAUCGGCUCUCAAUCUUGGCAUGAUUGCGGCAUACUACAAUAUUUCCUAUGUUACUGUUGAGGUGUAUACACUGUCAUUGAAAGAGCGAACAAAGAUGAAAGGGCUACUGGAAGUUGUUUCCUCCUCCGCAGAGUUUGAGACGAUACCUAUUCGCCGUCACGAGGACGUCUUAUUGCGCCGGAUCUAUGAUCGCGUCCCUGUCAAGCUGGACCAAGCCGAUUUCGAAGAUCCUCACUUCAAGACGUUCCUCUUACUCCAGGCGCACUUUUCACGACUCCAGUUACCACCCGAUUUGGUCGCAGACCAGUCUUUGGUGCUGGAGAAAGUAUUAAACCUGCUUUCUGCUUGCGUUGAUGUCAUGUCAUCGAAUGCCUGGCUGAACGCUUUGGGCGCCAUGGAUCUAUCUCAAAUGUGUGUACAAGCAAUGUGGGAGACAGAUUCGCCGUUGAAACAAAUCCCACACUUUGAGCCUGAGGUAGUUAAACGUUGUAAGGAUGAAGGCAUUGAGUCUGUUUAUGACGUUAUGGAAAUGGAAGAUGAUAAAAGAACGGCUCUUUUGCAGAUGGAUGCAAGGCAGAUGCGUGAUGUGGCAACAUUUGUCAAUUCCUACCCUACUCUUGACGUCUCAUAUGACCUCGCCAAGGGUGACUAUACUGCUGGAGCUCCGAUUCUCAUUCAAGUAGCCCUCUCUCGAGAUGCAGACGAGGACGAGCCAGACGACGAUCAGACAGUGAUUGCGCCAUUCUACCCACAAAAGAAAAUGGCCAACUGGUGGCUUGUGGUGGGAGAGCCUAGCACUCGACAGCUGCUUGUUAUCAAGCGUGUCACCGUGAACAAGAGUUUGUCGGUGAAGCUAGAGUUCACAUUACCAAAGGGCCCGCACACUCUCAAGCUCUAUGUCAUCUGCGACUCCUAUGUGGGUGCCGAUCAUGAUAUCAAUAUAGAUCCAAUCGAGGUCGCAGAGGGCGAAGAAAGCGAUAGUGAUGAGGACAUGGAGAGCGGUGAUGAGAUGGAAGAGUGAUUGGGGAUUUUGAACGAUCGAUGACACACUCAAAAUGUAUCUAUAGAGGUCUUAAGUUGUCUUAAGCAGUAUUGUCGUCUUAUGCACUAUUGUAAACGUGUAAUGCUUGGUGUAAUGUUGUUUCUCGCUCAAUUCGUUUUACAA